GUCACCUUCCUCCAGUCAGCUGAUGAGAAGCACUGAUGGAGGGUGAUCAAAGUAGAUAGUAGUCGCGAAGGGAACAGUAUUUAUUUUCGUAGUGAGCCGCCUCUAGUGAAGACCCAGUGCCUGCUUUCAAUCUCUCGAAACUGUCGUGUAUGAACCCAAGUUGUAAAAAUGAGCGGGUUCGAUGAAAUAUUAGGCACAGCAAUCGAAGUGCGGAGAAGAACUUUAGGCUGUAGCGAAAGUGAUCACCUAACAGACGCCAUAGAGACUCUACAAUCGGACAUUUUUCCCGAACUGAACAAAUUGUUAGGCGAUAAUGAUGCCGGGGACGACGAUGACGACGACAGCCAAGGAUGCCCUCUACCAGGGACGCCGGAAGAAGAUAGUCUAAUAGAUAGUAAAGAGGAGGAAGAAUUACGACACAGGGUAGUGAACCACGAAUCGCACGAUGACGACCUCGUGCUGUGUUCCGUGGCCCAGAGUGCCUUCGAGACAGCCGAGGAGCUGGUGCACAAGGUGUGGGAGGAGGUGGCCAGCUGGAAGACCCAGCCCUUCUCCAAGUUGCCCAAGUGGUUGCAAGACAAUGAUUUCCCUUCACACACACACAGACCGCCUCUUCCUAGCUUCGCCGCUUGCUUCAAAUCAAUCUUCAGGAUUCACACUGAAACGGGCAACAUAUGGACGCAUUUACUAGGUUGCAUGGCAUUCAUCGGUGUGAUGGUAUAUUUCUUGACGGGUUGGUCGCUGGGUCCCAACUGGGUGGAAGUGGAUUUGGAGGAGAAGCUGGUUUUCACAGCCUUCUUCAUAGGUGCCAUCUUCUGCCUCGGUCUGUCCUUCACUUUCCACACAGUCUCCUGCCACUCGGAGUUUGUCGGAAAGCUCUUUAGCAAAUUGGAUUACUGUGGUAUUGCUUUAUUAAUUAUGGGAUCAUUCGUUCCUUGGUUGUACUAUGGGUUUUACUGUGACUUCCAACCAAAACUCAUAUACUUAACGGCUGUUGUUGUCCUUGGCAUUACAACUAUCGUAGUCUCCUUGUGGGAAAAGUUCAGCACCCCGACUUUCAGACCACUACGUGCAGGUGUUUUCUUAACAUUUGGAUUGUCUGGCAUCAUCCCAGCAGUACAUUAUACACUCAUUGAAGGAUUUGACUUUGCAAUUACUCGUGCCUCAAUGGGCUGGCUUAUCCUCAUGGGAGUGCUGUAUGUUCUUGGGGCACUACUGUAUGCUGUCCGGGUUCCAGAAAGAUUCUUCCCUGGAAAAUGUGAUCUUUGGUUCCAGAGUCACCAGAUCUUCCAUAUUCUAGUGAUAGCUGCAGCUUUUGUCCACUACCAUGGAAUCUCAGAGAUGGCAAUGUACCGUCUCACACACGGUGAUUGUACUGUGGAAAACUUGCCUGCAAAUGAAGCUCAGGACAUUCUUUAGAAAGUUUAAAUAAUGUUAGAAUUGAGUGGUGUUGUGUGGUUUGUUAUGCGACUAAAGGCAGUAGGUGCAGACCAUUAGCAGGCCGGACUUGUUUGAGAGGCACCAUGCAUUGCAGAUAAUCAUUAUGCCUACUUAUUUUUUUUUUUUUGUGGAUUAUUUUCUUAAUCUUGAUAUCUCUUUAUUAGGAUCCAGUAAUAUUUUCAAGAUCAAAACCUCAGCAUGUGUCAUGUAAUGGGAAACAGUACAAUAACAUGCUGUAAAUGUUCAUCAUUUAAACAGCUUUUCCAAAUCAUGCCUUUAAAUACAUGAUCAAAUUGACAUAAUGGAAAUGAAGUCUUGGUGCUUUUACAAGUGAAGCAAAAAUGAUUACCUUGCACAACUGCCCACAAUUAAAGUAUGUGUAUGUUCCGUCACUACCUAAGGGCAUUUUUUUGUAAUAUAUUUAUUUGGUACAGUACAACCAGAUUUUAGUACUGUAUUAUUUAACUUUCUGGUAAGAAAGUCUGUUUGUAUAAUUUAUUCUGUUAUAUGAGCUUUGGUAAAAUGGAAAUUCACUUUUAUGUUCUACAGUUAGAUUUAUACAUUAUUUGAAAUCACUGCCGAGUGCCCUCGUCAGUUCUGUUAAGAAUUUCUAGUUGGCAUAAAAAAGUUAAAUCUUGAAUAGUUCAUACCACUGACAACCUUGAUGAAAAUGCCUUGCUAAUUCUUUUCCAUGCAUAAAAGUUUAAAAGGGACAUUCUCCUUUUGAAGGUUGGAAGAACAAGUCAUUUUUUUUUUGGUAUGUAGUGGAGUGGUAAAAUCUUUUUGUAGGGUUGUACCAUCCACCUUUUAAUGCUAAAUAUAUUUAAUAAAAAAGUCUCAUUUAAUAUAAUUUGUUAGCUGGAAUAAAGGUAUUUAUGCUUUGAUGUAUACAUGUAUUGUUCCGUCAAAUGUCCUUGCGCAGGGUAUUGCAUUUCACAGGGGGUAUGAGGUUAUGGUCUUUAUAGCUAGUUUUAUUCCAUAUUGCCAACAAUUUUUCAUGAGAGGCACUAUUAAUAAAGAAAUAAGUGUAAAUGCAACCUUGUGAGUGAUAUUCAAUGGGUACAUAUGACCAGAUCAUAGGCUGAUGUAAAUUAGAUAUCUGGAAAAGUGAAGCAUUUUAUUUUGUUUUCCAUGAACAUAAAUAUCAGGUGGGGUUUUGAGUACUUCCACUAGUAUUAUGUAAGAAGUUAAGAUGUUUUGUAAGUCCCUGUAUUUGAGGUUUGAAGUUUCAUGGUUAGUAAAUGAAGUUCUAAUAUACACAGUUUUAUUUUGAGUCUGCUAGAAACUUAACUAUAUUUUGAUUUGACCAGAAAGCUGGGCAACUUAUAGUAUAAAGAGCAAAUCACCAAAGAUAUCUAUCAGAAAUACAACCAACAGUUUGAAUAUGCUGUGGUUAGGUAAAGGAAGCAGCUAAAGUUUCCUGUGGGAAUAUGUUCAGUAUCUUAAUUGAGCAUUAAGGUAUAGUGCUACAGUCUGCUUUUGAUAGUUUUUUCUUAUGGAAUUUUUUGCUGAAACCUUGACUCAAGAACAUAAAUUAUAUAACUCGUUAAUGUGCUGUAUUUAAGGGGGCAAUAUUGUUGGAAAAGUUUCCAGUUGAUAACUUCCACCAAACUUGAGUGAUCACUUUUCUUUAAAGGUUCUUUUGAUAUUACCUACAAACGAGGUUAUCAGUAUUGAAUUAUUUUUUCUGUAUUUUCUUCAUAUUACUAUGUAAUAAGGUGAUCAGUACAGUUUAGAAAUCAUUUUUUUUAUGCUGUAGUGUCUUUUAAUUAAUUUAAUUGGCACGAAUAACCUUAAGAUGUGAUUUGGAAAAACUGAUGUUCUGAACCGAAUCUAGAACCACUGUACACAUCACAGUUGGUGCUAAACUCUGGAUGAGAUCAUGUUUAACUGUGAAACUCUGACUAGUAGACUACUCAUGUGAUGUGGUGGUGGCUGAAAAAUCUGAACCGUGGUAGCUCCAAGCAACCAGUUCAUUGGAAAAAGGCACGUCAUGUUUUCAUGUACUGCUUCAGAAAUGAGGUCUUAAAAAAAAAAAAAUGUGAAUCCAAGAGGCUCAAGUAGGCUUAUGUUUUAUAGCUAUGGCAUUAAAGAUUGCGCUUUCAUAAACUUGUUUAGCUGGAUGAUAACGUACGACUAUUCGUUUUGCUUGUAAAGCAAUGUGGGUUGGUGAUCAAAGACCCAUUUAAUCUCCAUUUCAUGCAGGCCCUUGUCUUUUUCAGUGUAGUGAUGGUGCUUUCCAAGUUAUAAAAAUUAAAGCUGAAUUAGUAGCAGACAUUUUAAGAAGUCCUUUAAAAUAAUCCUUGUGUUGUUGUUUUAUUGUAUCCAUAGUAUGUACUGUAAUGUAUUUGUAUCUACUGUUUAUCCUAUUGCAGUGUAGCCCACAGUUUAAUAUAAGACAUCAGUAGUGAAAUGUAUUGCCCCUUGCAGAGUUGGAUUUUGCUGAUUAUUAUCCACUUUGCUUGUCUAAGCCAUUACAACUUGAAGCUGUAUAAAGUGAAGCUAUACUACUGGAUGAUAUUGUGUGUGUGCUAUGUUCAGUAUGAAAAACUCUAGAUUUUCAUUUCCUUAAUAUUGUCGGUGGUGAUUGUUGCUUUGGUCAAACCAGUACGGUACAGCGUUAUUAAUACUGUUGACAAUACAUGUAUGUACUUAUUUGAAUGAAAACUGCUCUCAUUGUCAUCUGAUAACUUUGAAGAAUCAUUUACAGACAUGAAAUGGAGUAAGCGGGUGUAAAUGAAAUGGAGUAAGCGGGUUUGCUACCAUUACCACUCAUCAUGUGGCUGAACAUUUGUUCUUAUGAGUACAGUGCAGCCUGAAUCUUCAUUUAGCAGAUGUUAAUAUUUUCUUUACAGUCUUAAAAUUUCAAAGCUGAUAUUUAUGUAGUAAAUUACAGUAUAAGGGUAUUGUCUUCUAGAAUGUUUAAUUUAUAAAAUAUAAGUUUUGAAGUUUAAUAUAUUUUUUUCUGAGUUGCAUUUGUAUAAAAAUUGUUACAUGUGAAACAAAUGUUUGUUACACUGUAAUGAAGAUAGAGGAAAUAUAUUAUAAUGAAUAAA